AUGGUCACGCAUCUCAUCGUAAAUCCUUACAACUUUUGGGUAGUGGUGUUUACUGCUAUCGGGACUAUCUCUACUGCCUAUGGAUUGGCAAUCAUCGGAUCAGCAGUCGACCAGGCCAACUUUUACACCUAUUUGAAUCUUGCCACAGAGGGUGAGCCAGGCUAUGUUCAUACUACUCGAAUCAUCGCCGCGUUGAAUGGUGUCAAUUCUGCUGGUGCUAUUAUUGGUUGCAUAUGCCAUGUUUGGACCUCAGAGUUUCGGUCGCAAACAGACAAUGAUAAUUGA